GUCUGUGGUGAACUGUCAAAUUGUCAUAUGUUUUGUUUAUAAAUAAAAAGUUUUUAUUCUUUUUUUAUAUAUAUUUUAAGUUUCCUUUUAAAAUUAGAUAAUUGUAUUGUGUUUGUGAAUGUAAAUCUACCGGUUUGAAUAUGAAGACGCAUAUUAGAGACAGCUUGGGUCUUUGCGACCAUAAUAUUUUUAGAGAAGUAUGCGAUUCUAUGCCGAAAGAUUCAACGAUUCCCUUAAAUUUAGUUACCGUUCGAGACUCCACGCUUUUUACUUGGGAUUUUCAAAAUAAUUGCGUAUUUUCCAUACAAAUUAAAGGAGCAAGGAAUAAGAAUGUCGAAAAUAUUCACCAGAAACUACUUCCAUUACACCCUCCAUUAUUCUCGCCAACAUCUCUGGUUUGUAAUGAAUCAAAAACUCUGUUGGCAGUCGUUGGAUCCAAUGGUAUUUUAGUCCUGGAACUCCCUCAUAAAAACUCGCCCUAUGAUAGACGUGAUGAUAACAAAGAAGUUAUUUACUCCAGGAGUUUCAGCUUGGAUGAACGCCUCCUUUCAUGCAGCGAUAUAAUUAAAGUUAAUCAAGUAAAAUUUCAUCCUGGAAGCGUAGAUGAUUCUCAUAUUUUAGCCCUUACUUCGGACAAUAUGUUAAGAUUAUAUCAGAUAGAAAAUAGAGAAGCAAUAAAUUUAGCAGUCUUUUCUGUGGGUGAAAAACCUAGAGGUAUGUUCCCAGGGAGCAACACAGCAUUUCUAGACAUAUAUGGAGAAAUAGCAGUUGAUUUUGAUUUUGGUUUUCCUGAAAUAGUUAAGGAAACGUCAGUGUCUCAAAUACAAUCCUUAGUUCCUAGUGUUAGGACUCCAGACAGGGAAUUAAUGAGUUUUAAUAAUAAAUCAAGAUCUGGAGUGAAGAUAACACCCAAAAUUUUUGAUGAAAGUGAUGGUAUUGAGUCGAAAAACAACAAAAACGAAGAACUUAUAUGGCCAGUGUAUAUUUUGAGAGGAAACUGUGAAAUCUAUUCCAUAAAUAUUAAUUUAAAGAAAGGGGCUAAUUCAGCUUUGCGAGGUCCCUACAAAAUAUACGGUCAACCAAAUUUUAUAGACAGCGAAGAAGCUUGUACAAUAAUAUGCCUCAAAACUGUACCAGAGAUAUUCUCUGUAGCUACAUCAAUUGGAACCAUUACAAACUUGCUUCUCCUUGAUAACAAAUCUAGUGAGGACGACAAUAGGCCAAGCAUACUAAAAUCUGUUCCUACAAAAGAACUUUUUGUUUUUGAAAGAAUAGAGCUGGAACUAUGGCUGAGUUUGCAACAGGAUCUGAACGAGUCCGUUGUUAAAUGUAAAAACUUUGUGUUUCUUCAUAAAGAUGAAUCGAAAGUUUCUCAGUUUUUUGCCGUGCACAAUGGCGGUGUCCAUUCUGUCAACAUCAGCUGCGUUGAGGAGUUACAAAACUAUAUUUUCGGACCUGAAGAUAGUUCUCCAACUUCAGACAUAUUUAUCCAUCCCAGCACUGCAGAAUAUUUAGUUUGUACAAAAACAGCCAAUAGCAAUAAAACCAAUACUGUCAUAGGGUUCUCACUGUACUACCAUCCCACUUCUGUUAUAGUUCUCUUAAGUGACAGUAGCGUUAUAACACUCGGUAUUCUUUCUAGUCCUGUCAUACGUAAAAGCGAUGAUAAGUUCACUAAAGAGGUUACUGACAAUUUGGAUGUUCAAUCGCCAUUAAAAAAGAUGUUGACUGAUUCUUUUGAUGCAUAUAUUCAAAAAAUUUUGAAGAAGGCAUCAAGUCAACCAAUUUUGAAAUUGUCUUCAGCCUCGAAUAAUAGCCCUGAAGAAUGUUACGAUUUAUUACAAACAGCUAGUCAGAUGUUCAGAGAAAAAUACUUUCCUCAAUUUAAUAAAGUACGUGAUGAGCUGGAAAAAAGAACCCACACGUUAAAAUUGUUAAAACAAAGCCAGAAAGAAGAACUGGAAAAGAUGAGCGUAGCCAAAACGGAACUCAGAAUACAGGCAGGAAAUUUGGCAGAAAAAUACGAGGAUCUCAAAGACAAACAAGAUGAACUUUUGACAAGGUGUGAACAAUUGUUAAUGAUGGUGUCUCGAAAAAAACUGGAAGCCUCAGAUGCAGAAAAGAAUUUUAUGGCUGAUCUACAGAGUUUCGGCCGUAAUUCUGUCGUUUAUGACAAGACUGUUAAAAAUUUGGAGAAAAAAUGGCAAUAUCAACAACUACAAAUUGAAAAAUGGAAGUCAGAUGAGGCCAAGAAAGUUACAAACAUCAGUGAAAUUCAAGCUGCUACAAUCAAAAACGCUUUACAAGAAUCGUCACAAAAAAUUCAGGAAAUGAUCAAAGAAGUGCGGCAGUUUAAGAAAAAGUUUGAAAAAUAAGAGGAAGAAGUACAUUAUGUGAAGCUGAAGUGUCUUUCUUUUUGUAAAUAAAAAAUAUGGCAUAUAUGGUUAUAAUAAAUCAUAGGAUCGAAAAAAAUCGGCGUCAAGUUGGCUUGGAAAUGACGGUCGAUGACAUUUAUACGCCACCUCUGACCGUUUUUUUCUCGAUCGUAUGGAAUAUGCAGAAAUUCAGUAUACAUAUUUUUUCUUUCUUAAAAUCAGUUAUUGUUAGGUUUUUUGUAAUAAACUAAAUACUAAUCCACCGAAAAUAAAUUGCGUCAUAGUAGCCGUCAAUUGUACAAAAAUUAUCAUGAAUAAUAUUUUCAUAGCCUGCUCUGAUGCCGUUUAUUUUUACUGAAACAAACUACCAUAUAAUCGAAAAAUAAAACAACGUCGUAGUAGGCAUGGAAACCCUGGAAAAAAAUGGCGUCAUAGUAGGGAUCGAUUCGACAAAAAUUACCAUAAAUAGUUAUUUCAAAGCCUUCUCUGAUGCCGUUAAUCUUUACAGAACAAAAUACCAAAAUUGAAAAAUAAAACAGCGUCAUAGUAGGCUUGGAAACAACGGCAAAAAAAUGACGUUAUAGUCAGUAGGGGUCGAUUCCACAAAAAUUAUCAUAAAUAGUCAUUUCAAAGCCUUCUCUAAUGCUGUUAAUCCUUAUAGAACAAAAUACCAAAAUGGAAAAAUAAAACAGCGUCAUAGUAAGCUUGGAAACCACGGAAAAGAAAUGGCGUCGUAAUAAGGGAUCGACUCGAAAAAAAUUAUCAUAAAUAGUCAUUACAAAGCCUUCUCUGAUGCUGUUAAUCCUUAUAGAACAAAAUACCAAAAUCGAUAAAUAAAACAGCGUCAUAGUAGGCUUGGAAACCACGGAAAAGAAAUGGCGGCAUAAUAGGGAUCGAUUCGAAAAUAAAUAUCAUAAAUAGUCAUUACGAAGCCUUCUCUGAUUCUGUUAAUCCUUACAGAACAAAAUACCAAAAUCGAUAAAUAAAACAGCGUCAUAGUAGGCUUGGAAACCAGGUAAUAUUAAUUUGCAAGCCUGCUGUAAUGCUUUUUAUUUUUAGAGAAACAAAGUACCAUAUGACCGUAAAGAAACGUCAUAAUAAGCUUUGAAAUUACCAUCGAUGUUAAUUUUUGUUGAAUCAACCUCUACUUGACACCACUGAUUAAAUAUAGACAUAAAAAAUUAAUAUUGAAUAUAGAAAAAAGGAGAAAGCAAGAAAGGAUAUGAUCGAAAAAAAAACGGUGUCAGCAAUGGCUAUGAAAUGAAGAUCGCUGUCAUUUUAUAUAUAAAAUUAUAUGGGAUAUGACAUCGAUGUUUAUUUCCAAGCCAACUGGAUGCCGUUUUUUUAUCAUACGGCAUUUAUAACAAAAUCUACAUAAAUAUACUUUUUUUCUAUAUUCUUUUUUAAUAAAUAAUGUUUAUUCCAAGCCUGCCGUGACGCUGUUUUUUAUCACACUAUAUUAAAUACAAUCUUUUUAGGAGUUAAAGUACUUUGAGUUAAACUCAACAUUUUCUUGUUUGUUAAAUACAUUUUUCUGAUUUUUAUUAUUACAGAAUAAAGAGCAAAUCAGUUUUGUAAUA